AUGUACAACGGUAUUGGGCUUCAAACCGCUCGUGGUUCUGGAACCAAUGGAUACGUUCAAUCAAAUUUAUCGCAUCUUCUUAAUACAAGGAGAAAAAUCGAGUACAAUGGAGAAGAGGAUCUUAAACGCAUGGAAGCUGAAUUGAACCGAAAACCGAAUGAGGAAAUUCUUGAUCACAAUAGGAAACGUCAGAUUGAAUUAAAAUGUGUGGAAUUUGAGCAAGUUUUGGAAGACAAAGGAUUCGAUGAAGAUGAAAUCGAUCGGAAAGUUGGAGAAUAUCGCAAAAAACUGCUUGAACAGCUCGAGUCCGGUGAGCUGGAUGUAGAUGAAGACUUGGACACACGAGAUACUCAUGCUCGAAGGAAAGCAGCGGCUAAAAAUCGCGAUCGAAUGCGUUCAGCUUUGGGAUUGGGCGAUGAUUUUGUGGCUGGAAGCUCAAUGGCAAAAAUGAACAAAUCUGAUGUGGUUGGUGCUGCUUUAAAUGCUGAACCUGUAGCGAAACAAUCAGAAAAAGAUGCUUUAUUGGAAAAGCUGAAUAGUCAGAAAAAAUCGAAGAAGUCCAAGCACGACAGUAGUAGCAGCAGCAGUAGUAGCGAUUCAAGCAGUGAUUCUGACGAAUCAUCUUCAAGCUCGUCGUCGUCCGAAAGCGAAGACGAAAAAGAGAAAAAAGAACGCCAGAAGAAAAGAAAAUCUCGAAAGGAAUUAGAAAACCGCAGAAAUGAAACAAAAAGACGAGAGAAGGAGUUACUUAAUGAAAAGGAAAUUAAAAGAGAACCCGAAUCACCAGAAGAAAAUCGCAGACGAUACAGCCAUGAUGAAGAUGAUAAAGAAAAGAUCAAUAAGCAUCACUCAGAUCAGAAUCAUUCUGAAAAGGUUUGCGACAUCAUAGUCGUGAGAGACGUGAGCGACAUGAAAGAAGCUCGAGCAGGAGAAGAAGUUCUCGACACGAUGAGAGGCGAAGUCGAAAUGAUCGUAGUCGCGAGCGAAACAGAUAGAGAUAACAGAGCGAAGAAGCCGAGAAUUGAAGAAGACAUUGAUGGCGUUCCAAUAAAGCUCGAACCACCUAGCGAUGAUGAUCGUCCAGUUAAUCCGAAUCGAUCUCCAGUUGUAGAGCCUCGUCAGCCAAUGGGCCAUUUAGAUAAAGAGGAUCUUCUCGACGUGAUUCGGCACGAGUUGCGUCUAGAAGAUGAAGAUGGUCCAGGAUUGUGCAAUCGCGUUUUAUUACCGGUAUCUAGGCGGGCAAAGCAUGGAGGGUUGCCGUUGAAUUUUCGAAAAACGCACGCUGAAGAGGAUGACGAUUGUUACGAUGAUAUAUAUGAGAUUCCUCUUUAUGAAGAGCCAUUGCAUACGAGAAAUAUUAUAAAUGAAAAUAUGGCGGAAAGGACGGAGGAGAAAAUAAAAGAAGAGAAGCGCGUUGAAGAUAAUGUCUAUCAAGGCGAUAUUCGUGAAUUGUUCAUACGAAGAGAAGUGGUCCUUCCGUUAAAGAUUCCAGAUGGUCCUUCAGCGAUUCAAAAGUACCUUGAUGAGAACGCGGACCAUCUUAAUUGUUCGCUUGGAGACUUUAUGCAAUUUGGCGCUUCAAAUGGGACGUCAUCGAAAAAAAUCGCAAUCAUAUUUGGGGAUACAAAUAGAAGAUUGAAUAUUUCGGUGGUCCCGACGGCUAGGGUUCGUGAAGUUAUUGGCUAUUGCAUGCUGAGAUAUCAGAUGGAGUUUGACGAAACUUUGCCUGGAGAAGUUGAUGAUUAUCAAUUCUUUUUGGCGGAAGAUGAUGGUGAAAUUGAAAGUGAACUCCCGGCACUUGACAGCACCAAAAUUAUUGGGCAGCUAGGUUUUGAUUGUCUUGGUCUCAUCAACACGAGAGAGUUGAACAGGGAGCGGAAUACAACGAAACUUGUAGUGGUAUAUUUCGUCGACAAGGAUCAGUACACAAUUGAAGUUGACAACCUUGAACGACCGAUGAGAUGGUUGAAAGAUGAGGCAAUGCGAUUAAGAUCCGAGAAGAAGAAGACGACUGAAGAGGAUGGGCUCAAUUUUGUUUUAGAUUAUUACAUGGAGCCUGUCGACAAGUUCGACUCGAUUAUUGACUUAGAUAGCUCAAUUGCGAGCACGAGAUGCUUCGAAUUUGUGAUGAUUCUGAAGAAUAGCUCGCGCGGUGGAUUUCAUCCGAGAGGCGCAAGAUAUGGAAAACAGAUGAGCGCGAUGCUUACUCUGAAACUUCCCAAUAGCCCGAUUCCCGCCGCUUCAACUACACCGCUUCCGACGGUGUUAGAAGGCGAAGGAGAGUCAUCAUUUAAACUAUCAUCGCCGGUUCAGUGGAGCGAUAAUGGCGGCCAAUUGUCGUGUUUCAAAGUGACGCGAGUGCAUAAAAUAAAGCCCAACUGGAAGGCGAAACUAAUUUUACGCUGGACAUGUUUGGAAAUUGAGCGAUACUCGACAGACCGAACAUCGUUUCUACCACAAGGCUACCAAAAACAUUCGAAAGUUUUUUGGGAGUACGUUGGCGGUGUACGAGUUCAAAAGAAGGAGUACAAACCCACUCGUGUUGAUACGUGGCAGAUCACAAUAUUCUGGCUCCCGCAACGAAGCGAUACGGCACUUCAAAACAUUGUUGGCGAUAAUGAUUGGAGCUUGAAGAACAUUGCUCAACUGUACGAGAAUGAGGAGGCUUGGAGUCGAGUGACGGUAGAAACCACCAAUAAAGAGGACGCCGAACAAAUCGAGAGCCAAAUCAAUUCAAUGCUGUCCGCGCGAGAUUCGUCAAUCUACAAGACAUUCCUCCAUUCGGCGUUUGGCAAAAAGCCGCCGGCGCAAUCCGCCGAUAUGGCGAUGAUCGAUUCCGGCGACGUCUCUUACAUCGCUGCAGUGCGCGAUCCGCCCAAAUCGGGUGCUGUUCGCAAGUUGUCGAAAAUGAUCAUCUCACCACUGACGGGUGUCAUUCGAAAAUCAACCACCGAAUAG